CAAACAUAUGAUUUUGCCAUGGAAAUGGAAACAAUCAAUAAAACUACUGGUUCUUGUUGUCAUGUCAACCUUCUAGCUUGCUUGUAACCACCAGCUGUAUGGCUUUAUUAUUUGUCAACAACUAAAGUUGGUUUUAUUAAAUUUUCUAUUUCAGUGUUUUUAUCUAAUUAUUUUAAAUAUGUUAAGCAAAAAGCUCAACAAAUAUCUAGGGUGCAAUUUAAGUGCUUAGGAGUUAACUUUAAAUUAUAAACAAACAUAGAUGAAAGAUUGAGAACAAAUCAGUAAAGGAUCUACAUAAAUUGUUUAUGGUCGGUAAGAUGUCUGGGAAGGCAGGCAAGCAGAUGGAGUCGGUUCCACCACCUCCAGCACGGUUCACCCUCACAGAGUGGUACCUCAACAACAGACAACGCAACAGACAAGCCGAGGACCAGCAGCACUUGGCUGACAGAAUACUGGCAGAGUGUGACAGGGUGAGAGUUGAAGCAAAUGACAUCGUAACACAAAACAAAAAUGAGGUUGAACAUCGUUUUGAGGUGAAGUUGGCAGAUAUUGAGUUCCGCAAGAAGCAGCUGGAGCAGCAAAAGAAAGAUAUGGAGGUAGAAGUUGAGGCCUUAAAGACUUUCCGAGCAAGAAUUGAGGAUGCCCAAAGAGCUCUUGAACAAAAUGCUUACAACAUUUGUAACAAAUGCAUUGCUUUACGUGAAGGCAGGCUAGGGAUUGACCUAUGUCAUGAUGACGUGGAGCAGGAGCUUCUCAAGGAGCGAGAUGUAAUUCAAGGUACUCAGAGUUUACUGGUCCGCACUCUGGAGCAGGUCAAUGAACAGCUGCGACGUCUCAGAGCACUCAUCUACACUCUCAGCAAGGACUUGGACAGCAAGGCAGAAGUGAUGGCAAUUGAUAAACAUAAUCGAGCUCUCAAGGAAACUAGUCUUAACUUGUCAAUCUAUAACGGCAACACUCCCCUUGAUCCUGGUAAUGUAACUGAUGAGGAAUGGGCAAUGUACACUCAACAGACGAUUGACAGAGCUGCUAAGGAACUGGUGUCGGGGCGGCCUUUACGUUCAUACAUUAACCAGUUGCUCAAACAGGUAAUAGAGGACUUGUGGAAGCAGUAUUAUGCGGUAAAUGAGGCUUUCAGACGACGCAUUGAGGAGUAUAAAGAAGCUAAAACAAAAUUUGAAAACCAGCACUUUGAAACAAUGAGGCAGGCAAAUGAGAUGACACGAGAGAUUACUCGGCUAGAGAAGGCUAUAGCAGACAAGGAGAGCUUCAUGGCAUUGGUCCAUACUCGACUGGGCAAUCGGGCACAAAGGCGGGGAAUAGAACUCUGCAGGGAUGAAGUCGAGGUCAAGCUGAUAAGUGAAAUUGAAGACAUCCGAGUAGUGGUUACAAAACUACAACAAAUGUUAUCUGAGGCUCAAGCAUCUCUAAGGUAUCUUCUGAAGACUCAAGUUCAAAUAGAAGAAGAUAUUAAUAUAAAAACAAAUUCAUUAAAAAUCGACGAAGUUGACUGUAUGACUCUUCGACUUGGAAUGGACUACCAUGCCUAUUAAACUCCACAAAUAAUUCACGUUUCUUAUUUUAAAAAUGCAAUGAAACUUACAACUCUUAUUUAAUCAUUUCAUACGAUAAUUUGUCACCCUGAUACUUGAAGUAUGAACUACUUAGUUUUGUAAAUAAAUAGUCAAUGACAACAUGUAAAAUAA